AUGCCAGUUUUCAAGCCAGCCGGCUGCCCGCAAGGUCCACUGCUCGUCGUGAACCCCGGUGGCCGGCUGGGCAAUAAAAUUUGCCAGUACCUCACACUCUGGGUGCUGUCUGAAGCAAUCACCGGCGUCCAGGCGCGCAUCCUGUCACCGAUGUACGAAAAACUGCGACGCCACUUUGAGGAUCGGCGGCAGGUUUCUCUAUUGUCGGAUCGGUGUAGUGCUGCCAUCUCUUGGCAAAAAGUGUCAAUGGGUGAUGAAAAGACGUUUGGAGCGCGACUGGCGGCGGGCGAGUCGCUGCACGUGACGGGCGGACCGUGCCCGGUGUCGCGCUUCUACGCGCGGCGCGAAGAGGCGCUGGCGCAGCUGGUGUGGCGCGCCAACGUGUCACGUGAGGCCGAGCGGCGGCUCGCUCGCGCGCCGAACGGCACGCGCACGUACAUCGGCGUGCACGUGAGACGCACCGACUAUGCCGAGUGGCUGCGGGAUAAGAUACACGGCCACCUGGUUUCGCCCGCGUAUCUGCGGUGCGCGCUGAGGCACGCGCGGCGUACUUACCCGCGCCCCGCCUUCCUCGUGUCGAGUGACGACAUGGCCUGGUGUCGGACACACAUCGUCGGCGACGACGUGAUGUUCGUCGGCUCCGACGCGUCGGAGGCGUUCGACAUGGCCACGCUCGGCAUGUGCAACCACACGAUCGUCACCUACGGCACAUUCGGCUACAUGUCGGCCUUCCUGGCCGGCGGAGAUGUGAUCGUGCCGACAGGCUACUCUAAGGUAGAGUAUUCUCUGGUGGGGCAUCUGCGCCAGGCGCGGCUCAAUGUCACUCAGCUCAAAGACUCCGAUGAGUGCUGA